CGGGAUUGGAUGGAGCUCACUGCAUUGACCCGGAAGUGAUUGUGUUGCCUCCAUGCGGCUUCGUCAGUCAGUGCCGGGAGAAGCUAGAGAGGAUCUGCGCACAGUGGCUCGGUGCUUGCUGACCCCGGUACUAUGCUAAUAGAGGCGCAGGCAGAGCAAUGCACCUUUGUCACCAGAGGCCUGUGUGCAGCUGCAGUAUUGUGCCAGGUAGAGCCCGUGGGAAGAUGGUUCGAAGCAUUCAUCAAGCGCAGGAACAGGAAUGUAUCUGCUUCGUUCCAGGAGUUGGAGGAUGAAAAGGAAUCAUCAGAGGAAUCAGAAGAUGAAGAAUUUCAGCUGGAAGAAUUCCCCCUCCUAAAAACUCUUGAUCCCAAGGACUGGAAGAACCAAGAUCACUAUGCAGUCCUUGGACUAAAGAAUUUAAGAUACAAGGCAACGCAGAGACAGAUCAAAGCAGCUCAUAAAGCAAUGGUUCUGAAGCAUCAUCCAGACAAGAGAAAGGCAGCCGGUGAACAAAUAGUUGAAGGAGACAAUGACUACUUUACUUGUAUAACUAAAGCUUACGAAAUCUUGUCAGAUCCUAUAAAAAGGAGAGCAUUCAAUAGUAUAGAUCCUACAUUUGAUAAUUCCAUUCCAUCCAAGAGUGAAGGGAAAGACAACUUCUUUGAUGCAUUUUCUCCUGUAUUUGAGAGAAAUAGCAGGUGGUCAAACAAGAAGAAUAUACCAAAACUUGGAGACAUGAACUCCUGUAUUGAAGAAGUUGAUGGGUUCUACUCUUUCUGGUAUAAUUUUGACUCGUGGAGAGAAUUUUCCUAUUUGGAUGAAGAAGAGAAAGAAAAGGCUGAAUGUCGUGAUGAGAGAAGGUGGAUCGAAAAGCAAAACAGAGCUGCCAGAGCACAGAGGAAAAAGGAAGAAAUGAUUAGGAUACGGACUUUAGUUGACAAUGCAUAUAGUAGUGACCCAAGAAUAAAGAAAUUUAAAGAGGAAGAAAAAGCACGGAAAGAAGCUGAAAAGAAAGCAAAAGCUGAUGCUCGACGAAAAGAACAAGAAGAAAAAGAAAGGCAAAAACAAGCAGAAUUAGAAGCUGUUCGUCUUGCAAAGGAAAAGGAAGAAGAGGAAGCUCGGCAGCAAGCUCUUCUUAUAAAGAAAGAAAAAGAAAUACAAAAGAAAGCAAUUAAAAAGGAACGGCAAAGGCUCCGGACAUCAUGCAAGAACUGGAAUUACUUUUCUGAUAAUGAAGCAGAGAGUGUAAAAAUGAUGGAGGAGAUUGAAAAACUCUGUGAUCGUCUUGAACUUGCAAGUUUACAAUCCCUAAAUGAGAGCCUUGCUGUAAGCUCAAAGGAAGAAGGAAAAUCUGCAGUGGAAAAACAGAUUGCAGAAGUGAAUGCACAGCUCAAAAGGGAAAAAGAACAGGAGGAGGCUCGUAUGAAACAAUCCACAAAAGGAGCAGAGAAUUCUGCUAUUGGAGGAGGGAGUGGUAGCAAAUCUUGGUCAGAAGAUGACUUACAGCUGUUGAUUAAAGCUGUUAACCUGUUUCCUGCUGGAACCAAUGCAAGGUGGGAAGUUAUUGCCAAUUACAUGAAUUUGCACUCCAUUUCUGGGAUAAAAAGGACAUCAAAAGAUGUUAUCAAUAAAGCAAAGUCUCUCCAGAAACUAGAUCCUCAGCAGAAGGAUGACAUAAAUAAGAAAGCCUUUGACAAAUUCAAGAAGGAACACAGAGUGGUACCUCAGUCUGUGGAUAAUGCUGUACCUUCAGAACGCUUUGAGGGCCCUGCUGCAGAUAUGUCUCCAUGGACAACCGAAGAGCAAAAACUGUUAGAGCAAGCUUUGAAGACAUAUCCUGUGAAUACUCCUGAGCGAUGGGAGAAGAUAGCAGAAGCUGUCCCUGGCAGAUCCAAGAAAGACUGCAUGAAAAGAUACAAGGAACUGGUGGAAAUGGUAAAAGCAAAAAAAGCUGCUCAAGAACAAGUGCUGAAUGCCACCAAGAUUAAGAAAUAAACAUGUUCUAAAUGUUUGAAUGUUUUAUAAUAAAAGUGCAGACACAGUA